AAUGCGAUUAAGGCAGUAGAAGCAGAAUCCGAAGCGAUUGCCCACGCUAUUGAAUUAUGCGUCGCUGCGUUUCGCACCGGUGGCAGACUAUUUUACGUCGGGGCAGGCACGAGCGGUAGACUUGGGGUGUUAGAUGCCUCCGAAUGCCCACCAACCUUCAGCACACCGCCGGAGAUGGUCCAAGGGAUAAUUGCCGGUGGGGAUGUUGCCUUACGUCGCUCCGUGGAAGGUGAAGAGGAUAAGCCUGAAAGUGGUGCGUGCGCUGUCCAAAAGCGACAACUCACACCACAGGAUGUGCUUGUCGGAAUUGCAAGCAGUGGACGGACGCCUUAUGUUAUAGGGGCUUUAAGGGAGGCGCAUGCUAUUGGCGCGACGACAAUAUUGCUCUGCUGCGUCCCACCUCCUGAGCAAUUAAAAGGAUGGGUGACACAUUUCAUCGCCCCCAUUGUCGGACCGGAGAUUAUCGCUGGCUCAACCCGAUUGAAAGCGGGAACAGCCACAAAGUUGGUUCUGAACAUGUUGACGACCGUUUCUAUGAUUAAACUGGGUAAAAUCUACAACAAUCUGAUGGUAGAUGUACACGCCUCUAACACGAAACUGGUCGCGCGGAGCAUCCGAAUUGUCCAAGCCAUCAUUGGGGUUGAUGCCGCGGUGGCUGAGGAAGCGUUAGCACGGGCAGGCGGUCGUGCUAAGCUGGCUAUUGUAAUGCUCGCGAAAGGACUGAAUCCGACGGACGCGAACAUACUAUUAGAAGAACAUGAGGGAUUUCUAAGGCAAAUUCUUGAUUGA